CAGUAAAUACUAUGAGCUCUGCCUCCUUCCUUGUCGCUGCAUCGAUGAGAGCGGAGUAGAAAAUCGACCCGAACCGCGCGGAUGUGCUAUAAAGUCGUUUACCUCGGCUGAGGUGCAGUUCUGCUGACAGUUAGACUGGGUGAGCGCGUGCAUCUACGGUCGUUCUGUCAAAGGUGAAGAAUCUAUCCGUGCCGAUCUUGAGCAAGCUGAGCGACACGGUGAAGGGGGGGUUCACGGCCCACUGCAGUGUGAAUCACCGGAGACUCGCCCUGCGGUUGCUUCCUCGCGAACAUCGUUUCACCGUCGACGUCCUUAUCUCCGUUAGAGGCUGAAAACAACGGCAAGCGUCGGGACCCAAGCCCGCGUUUGACCCUCUGCGGCGGCCCUGAGGUGCGCUGGCAGAGCAUGCUAAAUAAUGAGCCAAAGGGACACGCUGGUGCAUUUGUUCGCUGGAGGAUGUGGAGGUACAGUGGGUGCUAUUUUAACUUGUCCUCUGGAGGUUGUGAAAACAAGACUACAGUCCUCCUCCAUCACACUCUACAUCUCUGAAGUCCAACUCAGCACUGUGAAUGGAGGGAGUGUGGCUCGUGUUGCUCCACCAGGACCUUUGCACUGUCUCAAGUUAAUUUUGGAAAGAGAGGGACCCCGUUCACUCUUCAGAGGACUGGGCCCAAACCUCGUAGGCGUGGCACCUUCCAGGGCAAUUUAUUUUGCGGCGUAUUCGACAGCCAAGGAGAAGCUGAAUGGAGUCCUGGAGCCAGACUCGACCCAGGUGCACAUGGUGUCGGCUGGGAUGGCAGGGUUUACUGCCAUCACAGCUACCAACCCCAUCUGGCUGAUCAAGACACGACUGCAGCUGGACUCCAGAAACCGGGGUGAGCGGAGAAUGAGCGCAUUUGAGUGCAUGCGGAGGGUGUACCAGAUGGACGGCCUGCGAGGUUUCUAUAGGGGCAUGUCGGCGUCAUACGCUGGCAUCUCUGAGACCGUAAUCCAUUUUGUCAUCUAUGAGAGCAUCAAGCGCAAACUGCUGGAGUACAAGGCUCAUGCUAGCAUGGAUGAAGAGGAGGAGUCUGUCAAAGAUGCUUCAGACUUUGUGGGCAUGAUGCUUGCAGCAGCCACCUCCAAGACCUGUGCCACCUCCAUCGCUUACCCUCAUGAGGUCAUCCGAACACGGCUACGAGAGGAAGGCAGCAGGUACCGCUCCUUCUUUCAAACUCUGCUCACAGUACCCAGGGAGGAAGGAUAUCGGGCGCUGUAUCGCGGCCUAACAACCCAUCUUGUCCGUCAGAUUCCCAACACUGCCAUCAUGAUGUGUACCUAUGAAGUGGUGGUCUACCUGCUUGGCCGUUAGACCACCAUGCGUGUCUCCCUCUUGUUUAAAAGGAGACAUUUAGCCAUGACUUAGAUGUGUGGCUUUUGGCAAGAGAAGAGAAUGUUCACAUGAUGACCAAAGGAAAGUUAGGGUGGUGGACCAGGAAUUAAUAGAUGGAGAAAAGCUCUUUGUUGCCCUCAGGAUCACCUGCAGGUCCAUUUAUCAGACUGCUGGAGCAGAUGUAGGAUGCUACUGUUCAGUGAAGGUGAUUAUGAAUGGGGAGAGAAUGGAGGCAGUGACAGGAAAACAAAACAGAAGGUACCUCUGACAAAAGAUUCAAGCACAUUUCAGUGGCCUUAACAAGAAGAGUUUGGAGUCUGCUUCCUUUUUAUUUGAUAUUAUAAUAUCAUUAUAUUGUGAAAGGGGAAUGCUUGGAGGGAGCUGAACGUGAUGGACAAAUAAUAACUCAACAUAGGUCGAUUUAAAUAUUCCAAUAAUCUCCAGACUGCUUAUGAGCACUUGUCAGUGUGAGGACAGCAAUAAUACAUUCAAAUAGUUAAAUACAGUUAUACAAAGGUAAUGUCAGAGUGAAACAAUUUGAAAUGUUAGUCUGUUUUCAAGUCUCUGUUUAAACUACAGAAGCGUGGCUUCAAGCAUUCCCCUCUGAACACUGCAGUAAACACCCCAGGUGGUCUGGAAGUUCACACAUAGCACUGCACUCGCUGGCCACCAACAAUGAAACAUUGGUGAGCUUGUCUGUCACUCAAACACAUGCUAGCUACAGUAGUGUUUAUGAAGAGUAAGUUGAUAAGUGACUUUGAUUCAGUGAUGUAUUCCUCUCUAAUUCAGUGCCUGGUGGUCACAGGCUUUGUUUGAAGUUUGGCUUCUGUCCCAAAGGUACAAGGACUAAAUGUCUACUAACAGAGUGCCCCUACUUGAAUAUAAUGUGACGAUGUGAAGAAAUGUUGGAGUGAGAGAUGAGAGCAUUGGAGUUUCAUCAUCACCCCAUAAUGUUUUGCACGUGUGUGUGUGUGUGUGUGUCUGUGUGUGUGUGUGUGUGUCUGUGUGUGUCUGUGCUAGCAUGUAUAAUAUCUACUUCAGAUUUCCCUCCAUUGUUAAGCUUAGUGUGGAAACACUGUACGAUACCGGAGCUUUCAUUGCUCCUCCCUUGCUGGUCCUUCCUUCCAGUGGCUUCCAAUCGACCUGAUAACAUGCACUUUUGUGGCCUUUUUGGGGCUUGUGCUUUGCAUUUUACUGUUCAGGCAGGUUAAACUUGUACAUUGUAAAAUAAAAGAAGUAUUGCUGUAUAUGAAAAUAGUAUUUUGUGCAACUGUUCUUAAGGUAGAUAUUGUACAGUUUAGACAUAUAGAGUAGCUGUGUCCAAAUGUGUUAAUAUAGAUACUGUAUAUGCAUUUUUUUUUUCUUUAGGCCCAUGUGCAAUUGUGUUUUUUGCGUUUAUCAUGGGAUUUUGACAUGAAUAUUGAAAUUGAUUUGUUUUUCUUUUUUUGUGCGUGCGUGUUUUCAUUUAUUAAGCUACAGUGCAAACAUUUGUACAAACAAAACCUAUACUGUAAAUGCUGCAGACAAAUACUUUAGUGUUAGCAUUUGUCCUGGAGUGUUUUACAGCAUUCAUUUAAAAAAAUCGUUUCAUUUUGUGAACUCUUUGUAUUUCCAUCACUUGUGAUGUUUACAUUAAUUUUUGUCAGAAUAUUUUUCUCAUCAUAGCAACAUGUCUGAAUAUCAAGGAGCAUUUUAAUGUGAGUGUUAAAGAACUGGAAACUGCUGAACUACACUGAGUUGGGAACUCAGAUCCAGAAAUGGUGUCUGCUGUUAUUGAAGAGGAAAGUUAGUAUAGUAAAUUUAAUAAAUGUUCACAUAUAAUGAAUUAAGCAUGCAAACACCUCAUCCGAUUUUGCUGUUUUAUUAUCUUAUUCUGUGUGAACAUCACAGUUUGGGCGCGCACAAAACAAAAAUGCACAAUGUCCUUUCUAAUGAAAUGAGUGUUGUAUUUUUUCUUUCGCAUUCCCAUGCAGUUCUUGAACACUCACAUUUUUUGUCUGCUUGUUGCAGUACUAUUACAGAAGUCAAGAAAGGUGCAGUAACUUGUAAUAGCCUGUGAUUUUCUGUCUUCGUUGACAUGUUGCAUGCCCAUAGUUGCUGUUGGUGCUUGGUAAAAUAGUUGCUGACUGAUUUUAAGUUCCACGUUUUCCUGUAAAACACUAAUCACUUUCAUGUCUUUGGCUCCAUUGCAGUAAUAGUUGAGGUCAAAUUACCAAAAUGUGAUACAAGUGGACAACUGGACAAGUGCAAACAUUUCGCAUCAAUUUUACCUCUCAUACAGUGUAUGUAUGCAUUUCAAAAUGUUCAUUCUGUAUGUUUGGACAGGAUGCAGCCUCAGGCGGGGUAGGAUAAAACCUGGAAGACCUGAAUUGUUGUGUUUUAUGUUUUUAAAAUAAAGGCAUAAAUAAAAAAUCCA